CACUGUGCCAGUAAAGGAACUUUUUUUUCUGCUUGCAGGUGAAGAAAUUCUGUCUGGUAGAAUUUUCCACUUAUUCAUUUUGCUGCCAUGGGCAGUAUACAAAGAAUACUUAGUCUAGUAUUAGGCUUUGCACUAUUUACUUCAUUUUUUAUUUCUGUUAAUCCUCAACCAAAUUAUGAAGCAGAUGAUCAUGAUUUUGAAGAUUUUGAUAAUGAAGGAGACACAGCUGAAAAUAGUCAGAAGGUUAAUGCUGAAGAAGAUUUUGAUGAAGAUGGUGUGGUGGUUGAUGAUGUGAUAGAAGGCGAAGAGAACAUCUCCCCUGAAUUCUUUCCUAAAGAGAAAGAAGAUGCUCCCCUUGAGGGCGAUGAAGCAGACGAGUACAGCCACUUGGCUGACACCGAGGAGUUCAUUGGCUACAACAGUGACAGCAGCAGCACCAAAGCACAACACAAUCUACACAAAGAACCUAUUCGUGAACCAAAAAUCACAGUGGCAGAUGUUCCUUUGCACUUGAGGAGCAACUGGGACAGUUUUUACUUAGAGCUUAUUUUGCUCUUUGGACUUCUUAUUUAUUUUGGCAACUUUAGUAUUGGCAGAAGCAAAAAUGCCAAGCUAGCAACAUCGUGGUUUGAGGCUAACAAGACUCUGCUGACGCAACAGUUUGCCCUUGUUGGUAACUACUCACUCUACUGCUCUGGUAGAGUGUGUAUUCACUCCAUGACUGUCGAGCUGCGUCUACUCAAGCGUCAAGACUUGGUGUCGGUGGCAAUGCAGAUGUUCAGGCCGUCCACAGACGAGGUGGUCGUCAAGAUCAGAUUGGACGACAUGGAGAACUUCGUCAUGUGUCUCGCCACCAAGAAGAUGGCUUCCAAAUAUGUCAAAGACAUGACUGAUAUUACGACGUUCUGCACGGGUGACCGCAAAGGAACCUUACCGAGCAAGCAGUACGGAGGCUGUGCCAGCUACAGCAAGUUCCUACUUCUCAGCGAGAUAGCGGAGGCCAGCAAUUCGAUUCUUACGGACCCGCGCACCGUGACGGUCUUGGGCAAACAUUUAGCUCGUAUUAAUUACCUGCACAUCAGUGACCAGUACAGCGGACCUCAGCAACCUGAUUCGCUGACGACAGCUUCAAAGAUGCCGCCUGUGCUGAAGGUGGUAAUUCUGUCGUUCCAGCUUCUCGCCCCCGCCAAAUUCUCUCCUAAAAAGACUGACAAGAUCAGCGCCGAUGACAUGGAGCAGCUGAGAUCCCUGCUCCAUCUCGUCCUCUACCUUGCUGAUAAACUCAGUCGCUUCAAACUCUCCAAAGAGAGCAAGAGCAAAGCUGAUAAGAACCGCAGCCGAGUCGAGGAAGCUUUUUUGAAGGCAACGCACGCCGUCCGAGCUGAA